AUGGAGGACCAUCCUGCCCCGGUCAAGAAACCCAAGCUGAGGAAGCUCAAAAAAGCAAAGAAGCGUUUGCUCAAAAGCUCUACAUAUGAAACCUUCCUUUCUUGCCUGACUGGGUUAUACAGCUGCCAGUGGCACAGCCAGAAGCGCAAAACGAUUAAACCGGGACACUGGUGUUGCAAAAAGGGAGAGUGCAUAUGUUUUUCCCUCUUGGUUUUAACAUUCGGCUCUUCCUUUGUCUUUCUGUAUAUGUGGGGAGAAGCACGGAAUGACUACAACAGUUUUGACUGGUACAGCUUCAUCAAUUUAGGCUACUGGUUCCACUGGUCGACUUUCCUCCUCUUCAUGGCUGUAUUCCUGUUCUCCUACCUUUUUUUCUUAGUCUUUAUAGCUGUUUUACUACUGUUUGAGAGUCAAGAGCUGGAAAUGCACUGGUGCCACAAGGGAGUGACACUAUUCACCCUGUUUCUUUCCAUGACCGGCUUAACCAUUAUAUCACUGUUUUGGACACGUCAGUGGCACACAUUCUAUUUGUCGUUCCAGGUCACAGCUCCUUUUCUUCAUGUGGUUGCCAUAUUCACCAUGGUCCUCUUGGCUUGGCCGGUGGCACUCCAUUUCUUCCGGGUACGUGAUAAAGUUUUACAGGUGUUAAUUCUGACUCCCUACCUGGUGGUCCUUAUUUUCCUUCUCUUCGUUCCCCUGGGGAUGUACUCACCCUGCAUCCGGGAGAAGGGGACUCUGGGUCCCAAGCCAGGCCUGAUAGGUCACAGAGGAGCACCAAUGCUGGCUCCUGAAAAUACCGAGAUGUCGUUUGUUAAAACUAUUGAUUACGGUGCUGUCGGUUUGGAGACAGAUGUCACCAUUAGCUACGAUGGCGUCCCCUUCCUCAUGCACGACCACAGCUUAAGAAGGACCACCAACAUUGACAGCCUCCUUCCUCAUUUAAGUGACGAGGACCCUGCCUAUUUCACCUGGGGACUCUUGAGGGAGCUGAAAGCUGGAGAGUGGUUUUUCAAGAACAGACCGUUCUACGACAUGCCCCCCCUCUCACCCGAAGACGAAGAAUGGGCAAAGAAUCAGAGGAUUUUCAAAUUCAGCGAUUUCUUGACCCUUGCAGACAAGGCAAAUAAACUGGUCCUCUUCGACCUGUAUCGCCCUCCAAGAUAUCAUCCUUACCGGGAUAACUGGGUCACCAGAACUAUAGAAGUGCUCCAGAAAGAAUCCAAGAUUAAACCCCAUUUGGUCCUCUGGUUGGAAAAUCCAAAUCGGCAUUACGUUCAAUUUGCGGCUCCUGGAUUCCAACAUAUAUCACCCUCUGCAGAACCCAUUGAAGACCUCAAACUGAGGAACAUUGGAAAACUCAACUUGGACUACCGAAGGUUGGCUACGGUAGAUAUUCGGAAAUACGCAGAAGCCAACAUCACCACCAACCUCUGGGUGGUCAGCGAGCCGUGGCUCUACUCCUUGGCCUGGUGCUACGGAGCUCGAUCGGUAACUACUGACGCCGUGCACACUUUGGGCAACAUUAGCCAGCCUUUCUUCUUCUUGACUCCCGAGAAAUAUAAAACCAUAUGGGUUGCAACAGACAUGCUGGCCAUCUUCUUCAUACCUCUCCUAUUUAUCAUUCGCUGGUGGAAACGGAAAAAGAAGCUCCAGCGGGCAGCUCGGAACCCCAAGAACGUUGAGAAACACACUUUGGCUCCGUUGCAAGCAGAACUGCAGAAGAUGCCGACGGUGGACACAUGA